CCAGAAUUUAGGAAAACCACAAGCACAGGUGUCAUGGCCGACGAGCAGCCCUCUCAGUCCUGGUCCAACGACAAGGAUGACUACGAGGUGGGGGAGGUUAUCGGGAGAGGUGCCUUCACCGUUGUCCACGCGGCCUACUGCAAGGCCACAAAGGAGAAGGUGGCCAUCAAACGCAUCAACCUGGAGGGUCAGACCUGUAUGGAUGCACUACAGACAGAGAUCCAGUCUCUGAGCCAGUGCCGCCAUCCCAACAUCGUGUCCUACCUGACCUCCUUCCUGGUCAAGGACGAACUGUGGCUGGUGAUGAAGCUCCUCAGCGGUGGGUCCGUGUUGGACAUCAUCAAACACAUCAUCUGUCGAGGCGAGCAUCAUAAUGGAGUGUUGGACGAGGAGAGCAUCGCCACCAUCCUGAAGGAGGUCCUGAAGGGGCUGGACUACCUCCACCAGAAGAACGGACAAACCCACUUGAACUUGAAGGCGGGGAACAUUCUUCUAGGGGACGAUGGGUCCGUGCAAAUUGAUGACUUCCGGAUAAGCGCCUUUCUAGCAACAGGGGGUGCUGUUAAGAGGCACAAAGUCAAGAAGACGUUUGUGGGGACACUGUGUUGGAUGGCCCCAGAGGUCAUGGAGCUGGUGUGUGUCUACGACCUCAAGGCCGACAUCUGGAGUUUUGGAAUAACUGCCAUUGAACUUGCCACGGGGGCACCACCAUACCACAACCUGCAGCCUAAGAAGGUCCCAAAGUUGAUUUUACAGAAGGACCCCCCCAGUCUGGAGACGGGCGUCACAGACACGACCAUGGUGAAGAACUACAGCGAGUCCUUCAGGCACAUGAUCUCCCUGUGUUUACAGAAAGACCCUGAACUGCGGCCCACGGCUGCCCAGCUGCUGGAACACGAGUUCUUCACAAGAGCCGUGGACAACAGGUUCCUGCAGGAGAAGCUUCUACUGACGGGUCCCACCGUACCAGAGCACUGCGUUCCCAGCCUGAGCGGCACCCACCACGGGACGGAGGCCAGCUCCUGGGAGUGGAGCGACGACGAGCCGGAAGACGACAGUGAGGAGGAAGGGCGGAGGGAGGAGGAGAACGCUGCGGCAGACUCCCCCAAGAGUGAGGAGCAAACAGGUGAGGACCCUCCCACACAAACAGAGAGUCCACCACACUCACCCGUACCGCAGGAUCCGGCGUUAGCCUGCGAUGACGCUGCCAUCAGCCUCAUCCUCAGACUCCGGAACUCCAAGGAGGAACUGGUGGACAUCCGGUUCCAGUUCCUCCCCAGCAGUGACACGGCCAACGGCGUCUCUCAGGAGUUGGUUUUGGCCGGACUGUUGGACGGCAGGGACUUUGUCAUUGUUGCUGCAAACCUGCAGAAGGUUGUUGACGACCCUCAAGUCAACAAAGACCUGACCUUCAAACUGGUGUCUGCGGCGGGGGCGUCUGAAAUCCCUGAUUGCGAUAAACUGAUUGGGUUCGCUCAUCUCAGUGUCGGCUGACGACGGCGCAGCGCACCCUGGAGGUCUUUUAGAGAAGCUAACAUUCUAUCGAUGUGCUGUAGGAUCAGGUUUCAUUAGACACUGGAGAGUAGAAGCUCCAGAAGAUCUCAACAUUGAGUUCCAGCAACCGAUGCUUUGAUACUAGUGGUUUUCAUGUAGGAACAGAACUAGGACCAGGAUUCUACAGAUCUUGGGUCAAAACACGCGUCUCCAGCCAAAGACAAAUGAAACAACAACAGUCUGUGAGACUGCACUGACGGCCUGGUGGUCAAACGGAAGCAGUUGUUGCAUCACCGUCAGUUAGCUGUGGUUCUGAUGAGCCGCAGGUUAAAUCCGACUCGUUCCGUCUACGCACCGUUACAUUACACAAGCGUAGCCCGUUGAAAUGUGAAGUUGCGCGCCCGGGUUCCGUCCGUAGACAGAACCACGACUCGUUC